CAGUCUGUGUUCUAGUGUGGUUUUAUGUAUGCUGUCUCCAUAUCUCAAUACCACAUUCGCGCUAAUUUUUACAUUUUUUAGACGAAAUGGCUAACAAUAUGAAUCUAAAUAUGAAUGAUGACGAACCCUUGGAUCUGGAUCUCCAUUUAAGCGAUCCAACGGAAUUAGUUAACUCAGGAAUUCAUGGCCUUCAUGAUGGUAUGGCCGUUUCUUCAUCUGUAUAUGAAGAAAACAUGAAUUAUGGUUAUUUGUCUACUGGAAGUCCUCUUCUUCAGAUGUCUCGAGAAGACUCUCUUCCUAAUCCUCAAUCACCACCAGCGAGUCCGCAGUCAGCUGUUUCCGAGAGUAACAGCUACAUUAAUAGUCGUUCUCCUUCAAGAAACAUGUCGCCACGGGGUAGUGGACCUGAAUCUCCAGAUAGCAGACACUCAAACUCGAGGAGCUAUGCAAGUAGUCGAGAUGGAUCUGUUGCUUCUAUUAGAAGCUGCGACCGUUCACGCUCGAAUUCAAGAUCAAGAUCAAGAAGUAUCUCCUCGCAGAGGUCCAAUUCAGUUGGUAGCAAUAUGAGCUCCCGCUCCAGGUCAAGAAGCCGACAAUCUCGCAGCAAAAGCAGAUCCCUAGCUCUAUCACGCUCCGUUAGUCGAUCAAGCAGUGGACGUUCCAGAUCAAGAUCGGUUUCCAGAUCGGUUUCUAGAUCUGUUUCUAGGUCUCCUUCUAGAUCUGUUUCUAGAUCAGUUUCUCGAUCAAGGUCGAGAUCAAGAUCCAGAUCAGGUUCUCCUGUUGCCAGUAAAAGUAGAAAAAGGAUAAGAGUUGGAUCUGAAAGUGAUAAAAGUGACAAAGAAUCCGAUUCAGGAAAAGCUAUUGCUGAAAUUUUUGGAUCCAGUGACGAAGAGGGAGAGUUUGAAGGUUUUGGAGAAGAUGAGGUAAAAGUUUCCGAAAAAGAAAAUGAAACAAAUAAAGUAGUUCCUGAUAUGUCCGACGACUCUGGGGAUGAGAAAAAGGACGAAAGACGCAAUGAUAAUCUAGUUAGCGAUUUUGAUAUGAUGAUGGAGCGUAGAAAACAAGAAAAUGCUAGAAAUAGACGCAGACGUCGAAAACAUGGUGUUGAGAUUUUAAAUUCUAAUGAUGAUAAAAUAUCAGAACUCAUUAGGAGAAUGAAAGAAGCAGCUGAAGAAGAUAGGAAUUCAAAUAUUUCAAAACAACCUGCUAUUCGAAAAAUAUCAAUGUUACCUGUUGUUGAAGUUCAAUUGCAGAGAUCAGAUCUGCAUUUGGCCUUACUUGAUAUGAAUAUUUUGGGUGCAGUUACGGAAUGGCUAUCUCCAUUACCUGACAAAUCUUUGCCCAAUCUUAAAAUUCGAGAAAGAUUGUUGAAACUUCUAUCAGAAUUUCCUAUGAUAUCAUCAGAAUUGUUAAAGAUGAGCGGAGUUGGAAAAGCCGUUAUGUAUCUUCUCAAGCAUCCAAAAGAGACUAAGGAUAACAAAAAAAUUGCUCAGAGAUUAAUUCAAGAAUGGGCCCGACCUAUAUUCAAUUUGAAUAGUAAUUAUUCCUCUUUAUCAAAAGAAGAACGACUUGAACGAGAUUAUUCUCAACUACCAAAAAGAAAAAGACCCACAUCUGGCCCUUCAACCUCUGGUUCUUCUGAGAAACAGGUAAAACCAGGUGAGCCCGGGUGGAUAAAUAGAGCAAGAGUUCCUCAGCCAUCGACCAAAGAUUAUGUAGUCAGACCUAAAUGGAAUGUAACGGAGAAACCAAAAGUUACAAAGAAAAAACUCUCUAGGUAUGAUAAACAUAAAAGAGAAAUGGAAGAAAGGAAAAAGCAAAGAAAAGCUCAAUUAGGUCAUGCUGUAACGAUGUCAAUUGAAGGUCGAAAUUUGGCUUUGUAA